AUGUCCAAAGGCCUGAAAAGUCUGUGUAAAGACCCUGCUUUGGAGCUGAGCUGCUACCAGGACUACCAGUUCAGUGGCAGUAAAUCUGAGCAGGAAAAAUUACUGAGGGAAAGCUCCACAUUGUAUGUGGAGAAUCUUUCCUUUUAUACAACUGAAGAGCAAAUACAUGAGCUCUUUAGUAGAUGCGGUGAUGUCAGGAAUAUAUUUAUGGGCCUGGAUAAAAUAACGAAAACAGCAUGCUGUUUCUGUUUUGUAGAAUACUAUAACAGAGCCGAUGCUGAAAAUGCCAUGUGGUUUCUAAAUGGGACCUGCCUAGAUGAACGUAUUAUCCACACUGAUCGGGAUAUAGGUUUUAGAGAGGGUUGACAGUAUAGUCACGGUGUAUCUGGGGGUCAGGUAAUGGGUGAGUUUCACGAAGAUUUUGAUCCUGGUAGAGGAGGCUCUGGAAGACAGGCUCAGAUCUAG